CAAAGUGUGUCUUGGGCAAGAACGGGAACACCCACAUUAUGCCGAUACCUCCCAAGCAGCACAACAUCUUGGCACAAUAUUGGGCCAAUGUUGGGCCAAGAUCUCUGAGGCAAACGCAAGAAAAAUCCGCCGGGUACCUCCCAGUCUCGACGCGACAUGGACAGCGCGCUAACCACAGAGCCAAGCGAACUGGAAAAUGAGCGGUUCAUGUUUCCUUUUCCCUUUUCAAGUGCGACUGUUUUGUGCGAUCAACCGCAAUGGGCGGAAAGGGUGACGGUUGAAACAAAAGCGCAGCGGACGAGAGCGCCUUGAGGGAAGUCCAAGAGUCCACGACCUAGGUUGCAGACGUUGCAAAAUAAGGAGGAGUAAUGCUGAGCUGGUUAAUCCGUACCCGUACCGAGCUCCCCACAUUUCAUGCGAGUAGUCUCCAGACAUCACGAGGAAAUUUUUCGACAGUAUAGGAAACGAACAACAUGGCAUUUAACGGCGCGGAAGAAGCACAGGACUACGUUUCGAGCCACCCAGAGAUCGCCGAGAUCGCUCGACAAAUUCCAUUCCUUGAUCUCGCAACGGUGACAUCAAGAAUUUUCUCUGUGCGGAACGUCUUCAAACGAAAAGGCGUUGACAUCGCAAAACCCUGCUCCAGGAAUGAUGAGGCAGGUUGCUGGUUGCUUGAGUACGUGACACUCUGCAACAGAAUCUUAUUCUCUGUUGAUGUACAGCUCCGGGAAAGUAAGCCAGGAGAGUUGAAUGUUUCCUCAAUACUGUCAUAUGAUUACACCUUCUCUGAGGUUCCGUUGCUGGACUCUCUGUUCCUGAUCUGCUGGCUUGUGAAACAACACCCCUGCAUACAAGGAAUAGACCUGUACGAUACACGCCUAUUUCGCCACUUCCCGACGGCCCUUAAACUUGCCCUUGCACACGGCUCUAACAUUAAAAGCGUCAAAGCGGGCACCCUAGAGCCAAGCACACAGCACAAUGUAUUUCUUGAGGGCAUCAGGCCUGACACCAUGCUAGAGCAUUUUGAAGCACGCGACCUCAAGCUCGAUAUGGAGUCCGCGUCACGACUGUCGGAAGGAUUCAAGAGGUCACCGCAGUUGAAAUCUGUUGUUCUACACUACUGUGGCCUGAGCAAAAAGGGGAUGAAGCUCCUGUUGAAAGCACUUCAGCAGUGCGAUCACUUGACGUCUCUGCAAAUCUCUGAUUACAGCUUGAAGAAAGCUGCUGCUGUGCAUCUGGCAGAAAUUGUAAAACGCAGCAGAUACCUGAAGGACCUCUUUCUCUGUGACGUACCUGACGAUGUAUUGGAAAUUAUCGCGAUUGCGCUCAGGGAGAACAGUUCGAUCGAGAAUUUGAAAAUGAAUAAAUCUAAUGAUAGUGCCCGUACUAUGCCACACAUUUCUGAUGCCCUGAAGACGAACGGGACAAUAAGAACGCUCGAGCUUAAUGAUUGUGGUAUGGAGGAAAGUGACGUGGUUCAGUUUGCUCGGGCUCUAAAAGUGAACGUUACUCUCCAGAGGCUACAACUUCGAGGGAGCAGGUUCAGAGACGCUGGUGCAAGACAUCUAGCAGAAGCUCUGGAGUCAAACCAGACGCUUCGUGAGCUCGAUAUCUCCUGUAACGACCUGACAGAAGUGGCCCUGGUACAGUUUGUGAAGGCUCUUACAGUGAACACAUCACUGGAAGUGGUGCGUCUUGGAGCGAUCGAUUUCUCCGUCAAGGUUGACGAAGAGAUUGCUCAGGUUAUCAGAGGCCAUGAGAGCUGCCACAGGAUCUGCACAACGUGGAACACCCUCGCGCUCAACGAGUUGGCACGUCUCAUUUCACUCAACUACGGCGACGUGAAAAAGAUCCACAUUUUGUUCGUUAUGGAGACCCCUAUAUUACAGGUGAUCUCAGCACUAGAAUCAAACUGUCACAUCACGGAAGUGCACAUCGAAAGAGCUGAUUACGCGGGACCCAGUGACGAGAUGGUUAAAGCUCUUGCGCAACUUAUCAAAAAGACCAGGUCCCUCAAGUUUCUCCGCUGCCAAUGCCCUUUUGAUUUUGACGAUGUAGUUGGCACUGAAGAUGACGAUGUUUUCGCUUCUUUCAUCAUGGGCCUUACAAACAACGACACGAUCAACCGUGUCGAGCUCCAGUCCGCAUAUUUUACUAUGGAAGCCGCCCGAGCGUUCUCAGCCAUGCUCGAAGCGAACACGGCACUGUACGCUUUUGUCGCAAAGAUGUUUUUUGACGGAGGGGCACUCGAAGAGAUUGCGACACAUUUCCCCAAGAACUACACGCUCUCCACAUUCUCUGCGGAUUCGGAGAGUUAUAGCUCACGAGAAAUUUCUGCCGUGGUCCGGAGAAAUGAGCAGCUCCUGAAUCGUGCUACGAGGUUUGCGCUGGGUACCUGCAGGGACUGGGAUUGCAGAGAAGCAUUUCGGACACUCUGGAGGUGCGAUUCUCUGGUGCAGCAAGUUAAGUGCGUCACGGAGCGUACGGAAGAAGACGCGAGGCGGUGUGUAGAAGCUGCGAAAUUGUUGUUUUUAUAGAGAGGGUCUCCGCUUUCUUACGCAGCACUCCUGGUGCUUACAAAACGACUCCAUGCUACGUGGGAUAGGCGUAAAGCUUUUUUUGCUUUUUGCUUUCACCAGUGCGAACCUGCAUUCAUUUUUUUUAAACAAAAAAUGUGGCAGACAUGUAGACAAUCACCAUCGCAGAUACCAUGGCUUAUACAGCUGUUGGUAAUCGUCUCUGCCAGGCAGCAUGGGAGCAGUCACAUGCAAGACAAGAGCCAAUAGGAAUGGCCAUAGCUCUCACUCCUUUGAGCUUGACUAAUGCCGCCCAGAGUCAGAAGCCUCCAGAGCUUAAUGCCUCCUCCCAUUCUUCCGGACGUGGCAGCCAAUCGUCGCACACGAUUACAGACACAGGCCAUCUGUCGCAACCAGUGGCCCCACGUGCGGCGGAUUGUCUCCAUGGCAACGGCCACCGAAGCAUGGUGGUGCCAUUGGCUGAGUGUUAUUUUUAUUUUAUUAUUUUAAGUGCUCAUUAACAGCUUACCCCUUGGUGAUGGUGCACAUACAAAACCAGAGCAAGAACAAAAGCAGCUAGCAACAAGAUGAUACAACAUUCUAAAUAACUGCUGCAAGACGCUCUGAGACAGACGAAAACGGGACAGAUAAUGUCGCAACUCUCCGCUUCUGUUUACUGAAUGACAACAAAUGAAUCGAAACACAUCAAGAUAACCAAAGAACAAGAGCCAGAUUCAUUGAUUUGUUCUCAUUCAGUAAACAGAGGUGGAAAGUUGCAACAUCGUCUGUCUCGUUUUCUGUGCGUCACGUCGCGUCUGGCAGCAGUAUGUACCAACCUGCCCGGUCUUUGUUACAAUUCUAAAUAGCAUCUGUUCAGCUGCAAGCAAGCAAGGCAACAGCAACUAACUAACAAUUGUGAUGUUCCCCAUUUUUUUCUUUCUUUCAAUCAAUCAAUCAAUCAACAAUUGUGAUGACUUCGGCGAAGCACGAAAAAUGUUACAUAUGCAGAAGCGAGGUGAUGCCUUCAAGGAGCGGUAUCUCGUCAACUAUGACACGUAGAAAUCCCACGGAGAACAUAGUAAAAAGUGGCAAACAUUUUGUAUCGGGGUUUUAGACCAUUUCAUUCGCUGGGUGUCUCAUUCCGUUUCUACGGAGAGUGUUUUAUGUAUGUGCAGGUGGUACUACAUUGUAGAUUCAUAUACUAUAGCGAAAGACAUUGUUCAUGGUAAAGGGUGGAGCAUCAGUUUCUUAGCUGGAAGUGUUCUACCUCUCGCAUCUAUUGCAUAAGUUAUGUUUAUUAUGCAAGCACAGUAAAUAAAUGAAAUGCAACUAUGGAACAUGAGGCUAAAUCAGUGUACCGUGCGUUUUCAAUUUAUUUAUUUUUGAGGUGUCCGUGAACAGCCAG